GGAACGCCUCGGGAUCCCCAGGGAAGAGCUAGACGAAGUGGCUGGGGAAAGGGAAGUUUGGGGGUCCCUGCUUAGGCUGUUGCCCCCGCGACCCGACCUCGGAUAAGCGGAAGAAGAUGGGAUUUACACAACGUAACAACUUCACUGGUUUUGCGGUUUGUAUUUAUUCACUGUUUGGUUAAUAACAUAGAGCAAAGAAAUAGGAUAAAACUGCUAUGAUGUGAAAAGGAUUAAAUAAAAUCAUUUUCGGACGCGCUGUAACGAAACAUCUGGAAAUAUGUGAUGCGUUGUGCGCAUGUUCCAAAUAAACAGCAGCUGAGCUACAAUUGAGGUAAUUUUACGUCAUUCGGCCAACAGCCAAUCAAACACGAGUUUCCGCAAAAAAAAGGAAGUGUUCCUCGGGCUUGAUUUAAAGUUGUUUGUUCAGCAGCUGUUUGGCGCUCGAAAACUUUCGAGCAGCGUGUUGAAGAUGAAGAUGUCGUCACUGCUUAUUUUAACCUUUAGUUGUGUCUUAAUGUUCACAUGUGACGCUUCGUCGUCCUCCUGCUCCCAAACGCCGUCACUGUAGUGCUCGUCCCGGGAGGUGGCGGUCACGUGCCGGGUUUUGAAAAGGUGUCUUGAUGCCAACCUGACUCGCUCCCAGCAGACAGCAGAAGUGGUCAAGCUGGAAGUUUACUAUGAGAGUCUGUGUCCAGACUGCAUCUUGUACAUCACACAGGUGCUCUACCCCACUUGGCUGCUUCUGCAGGACAUCUUCUCAGUCAGCCUGAUCCCCUUCGGGAAUGCUCAGGAGAAACCUGAUGGGAGCAAGUUCAUAUUUAAGUGCCAGCAUGGAGAAGAAGAGUGCCUUGGGAACACCAUUCAGGCGUGUUUACUGAACAUGAGUGACAAUGCCUUCCUCAUCAUCUUCUGCAUGGAGGCCUCCACCGAUGUCAUUGGAGCAGCAAAGAGUUUGAGCUGGGAGCGCCUCAUGAGCUGCGUGAAUGGCGACGAGGGAAACCAGCUCAUGCAUCAGAACGCUUUGAAGACCCAAGCCCUGGUUCCUCCUCACCGGUUUGUACCGUGGGUCACCAUCAAUGGGGAGCACACGGAUGACCUGCAGAGAAAGGCCAUAACGUCUCUCUUUACUUUGGUCUGCAGCAUGUACAAGGGUGUCAAGCCAGUGGUCUGCGGAGGUGACAGCCAGAAACACUCCAAGAUCUACGUUCACAACUAAAGAAGUUCUUCCUGGCCCGACACUAGUCUUGCUCCAGGUGUGCUGGCCACCAGAUAACGAACCAUUUGAAAAUACAUACCAUAAAUUGGGCACUGUCUGGUAAUACACCUAUUUGGCCUUUAGAUGGCACCAUAGGUCAUUCACAUCUUCACAUGGAAUAUUUACUAAACGCUCCCAGCAUACACUGAAGUCAAUUGUGUGUUGUUUUCUUAUGUUCUGAUAAAAUAAAACCAUGCAGUAUUCAAAAUGAA